AUGGUUCGACAGAGGAUUGCGAGCGACGUCAGGAACAGUGAGCAAUUUAGUAUUAUAGUAGACGAGACGCCUGAUAUCAGCAAGUCAGAACAAGUGUCUCUAUGUCUGAGGUACGUCUGUGCUGGUCAAACAUUGGAAACGUUUGUUGGAUUUUCCACAACCGCAUCAACUGAAGGAGAGGUUCUCUUUGAACUUGUGAAGAAAGCAAUUGUCAACCUAGAGCUAAAGCUUGAAAAUAUUGUUGGAGAAUGCUUCGAUGGCGCUGCUAAUAUGAGUGGAGUUCACAAGGGACUGGCGACGCGUAUGAAAGAGUGUUCUCCUUUGGUAGUUUACGUCCAUUGUUACGGUCAUCUGUUAAACCUUGCCCUUCAAGAUACGAUGAAAUCUGUCGAGUCAGCCCGCAAUGCCCUUGGAACAGUACAGAAACUGUAUACGUUUCUUGAAGCAAGUCCUAAACGUCAUCGAAUUUUUCAAGACUUGGAGAUUGAGGAAGAUCACAUCAAUCUAACCCUUAAAUCCUUAAGUGUUACAAGGUGGUCGUGCCGUUCGGAGGCUGUGAGAGCAGUGGUCGAACAGAUGACAAGAAUUAUUCAAGCACUUAUCUUAUGUAGUGAUGAUCACGAUCCCACAACCUAUACUGACAGCAAUAACUUGCUAAUCUCAAUUUGCGAUUUUAAUUUUGUGUUUGGUUUGUUAUUGCUAAGAGUUGUCCUGUCAAAUACAGACAGUCUCUCCAAGUACCUACAAAGCAAGAACAUGGAUGUUAUCACAGCAAAAAAAACGCGGACUCAACUAUCAAAGCUCUUGAAGGCUGCCGAAGUGAAGAAGGAUUCCACAUGCUUUGGCUAA